UCUUUCGUUCAUUCUCUGCUCAUCUCCUCCUCGCUGUUGUUCUUCAUUUCUUCCCUCAUUGUAGCUGAGCUUGCUUGUUUCUUCUCUGUUGAGGAUCUGCCGUGAAAUGACACUGCUUCUCAUUUCCCCUGUCUCUAGUUACUGCCGAUUUCUGCUCAUUAUUGAUGAAGUGUGCUUGGUCUUUGCCUCUUCUUCCUCCUUAGCUACUAUCUUCAGAUCACCGGAAUUUGUUGUUGCAAGUCGAUCUACUCGCUCCUUGCUCAGGCUUCAUCGUGAUUCCUUCUUCUCCCUCCUUCGGUGUCGUCUAGGUGAUAAUGUGUGGAGCUCGUCCUUCUUCCCCUCCAUUGGUCCACUGCUGUUACAGGUAUUGGUUCGCUGCUGUUACAAGUACUGUUGUGGGUUUGCGAUCUUCUUCCUCCUUUGCUCUUCCUUGACCGUGCGAUGGCUUCCCUUGUUUCUUCUUAGUUCAACGUUGUCACUGUGUUCAAGGGUGGGUAGCCAUGGGUAAUUAUAAGGAAGGUAGCUCGAUUAGAGUUGUAAGAAAUGAAUUUGAGUUUUGAAGAUUCUACAGGUAAGUGGAUAGUGUCCCAACUAAUUUAUUAAUAAAUUUUUCUUAUUCAAAUUUAUUUUUUACAUUGAUUAUUUUAAUAAUAAUUAUGUUGAUUAGUGGUGAAAAACGAUUCAUCAUAGCAUAUGAAUGUUUUAUCCUUAUGAGAUAUUCUUUCAGGAUUAAUAAAAUUUCUUUUCAUUAGCAUUAAAAAUUUUUGAUUAUUCAAUAAAUACAAGCAUGAGCAUUGGAUAUAAAAUUUGAUUUUGGAAAGUUUUAAUACUUAAAAGUAUUCAUGCGAGUUUGAUUUUGAGAAUGAGA